GGAGUUAUCAUUCAUCUGUGGAAGCUUAUCCAAGCAUUGCAUAAGCUUAGCUCCUGAUUGUUUAGUUUUAGAGUUUUGGCGAGAGUAAUUUUGAAACGUUUAGAUAUCCAUAUCUAAAUUUGAAAUUCAGAAUAUUGCGCUGAUAGUGAGUAAUCGGAUUGUUCGUUUAAAAAUGAAGAAAGCUGUUGCCGUUCUUGUUGUGCUGUGUGGAAUCAGUGCAGGGUACGCCAUACCCGUCCAAAAUGCAUUCAUGCACUAUCAACAACCAACGGGUUUUAGAACCGUUCAGCGCACCAUGUAUGGCGUUCACUUCCAGAAUCAGCAUUUCCAGAACGGGCAGUUGAGAAAUCAGCGGGUAUCAGAUUUUGCUGCUCCAGUGCAUCCGAAUGAUUGUCAGCAUACAGAUCAUGAUGGCGCUGAUUGGCCUGUUCCGUCUGCUAACGCAGAUCCUGCAGCUGCCGCGUAUCCCUCAGAGCAAUACCCAAUCGAAGAACCCCAUCAAGAUGUGCCAGCAGUUUACGAAGACGAAGCAGAAGAGCCGAUCGCUGAUGAACCACUAGCUGCUCCUGCUGUUCCUGCCCCAGUACCAGCAGCCACAGUUCCAGAAAAGAAGAAAAAGAAGGUUCCAGUUCAGGUGGAUUCGAACGAGGAGGAGGAGCAGGAUGCUCAGGUCAGCCGUCGUGGAGCUGAUGAUGCCGGUGCCUCAAAUGCUUUCUUCCCAAUCAACUUCGGAAGUGCCAGCGGUGGAGCCAUUGCCAUUGCCAACUCCUACAGUACUGGAAAGGGAGGAUCGGCUACCAGUACCGCCACUGCUUACGGAAGCCCAGCAACUGCUGAGCUGAGAAGAUCUUCUGCCACUCAGCUGAGAAAUAGGCCAUCCAAACUUCGAGGACGACAAUAAUAUAUUCGUGAUGUUUUGAUGGGAUGCGUGUUUUUGUAUACACGUCC